ACCACUACCGCGAACCUGGAUCUCGUCAAAGACCAGGCCCCUUGGUUUUCUAUACCCAUACUGACCUGAAACCGCCCCUCACCCAGCUAAUCCUUGGUCUCAUGGCAAAGAAGAAGAAGCCAGCGGCCAAUCCUUCUCGUGGAUUCGCCACAACAUCCAUAGCGAGCAAACCAAAAUAUGACAAGCCGGCUGAACCUGACGUCAAGGCCUCCGAGAAGGAUGUGCCAGCUCCCACUGUUUCAAUUCCGGCUUCGGCGGCCGUAGCAGCCAACAAAGCCUCCACAGAGGUUCUGCAGCAGACUCCAGAAGAGCUGGAGGCCCAAUUAGAACGGGACGAGCUUCAGCUACUCGUUGAAAAGCAUGCAGCAAAGAUUCGAAGAGAUUCACGACGCCACGUUGCCAGGUUCGAGAGCGAGAAAAGGGUGUUGCGACCCCAAGCUCAACAAGUGACCCUCCAUGAAUGGCUGCCUGCCGAAGCACUGGACCGUUUGAUCGAGCUGGCACACGCAGAUUUGCAUGACUCAAACUUGAGGCAAGGACAGCAAUUUCUGCUGAGAGUCCUUUCCGAGGAAGAUGCAAUGGCGAAAUUAUGGGCUUUGGAUGUCACGUUACGGGAGCUGGGCUUUUCCCAGGGGCAAAUAGAGCCAGUCCUGCGGUGGCUAUGUGCAAAUGCCGCUGGUGUGGAUGCUACAGCGCCCAUCUGGGGAUUCCAAGAGGCAUUAGAAUGGCUCGUCUUGACUGACCCCUCGAAUAGCGUUCUCUCUUAUGAAGAGCCUAGGCCUAGAGCGUUAGCCUCCUCACGUCUUUCACGCGUUGGGACGCAUGAUCCAUCCGAGAUGGACAAAUCUAGCGAGACUCUACGAAAACCAUCCUCAAGGGCUUCGCCUGCCGCCUCAUCCCCAGCUGCGCCACAGGUUGCCCCGCCAGAGACCGGAGAUAUAGCCGUCAGUGAUCUGGAUAGUGAUAUUGAGCCGGACCAGAUUGUACCGACGUAUCUGAGAAUCAAAGGCCGGCUCUUCGAGAUCGAUCCAGAUGCUGUGGAUUCUCCGUCUACAACGUCGCGGAAGAAAACCAAGGGACAGAAUGCGAUGAAUACUAAGCAAUCCCCCGCGGUACGGAAGCUCCUUGGUCAGCUCCAACAGCUUGAGUCGGAUGCGCUGUUUGAUCAAGAUGAGGCGGAAGCGCUAUGGCCGACUCGCCGCAAUCAACUUGCACAGGCAAAAGCUGCAGAGAAAAGAUUGCAAGCUGAGAAAGCAGCACCGACAGAAGCUGGAAGGGCAUCUCCUACUUCCGGAGCCGACCAAGAAAUCAAGGCUCAGUCUGCAGCUGCCGAGGAGUCCGACGAUGAAGACAGUGGAAUGCUCGGAGGCAUGUUUACUGAAGUUGCCACUGAUGCCGACAGGAGCAUCACCAAGGGAGACGACACUGCCGAGGGCCUCACAGUACGGGAUUUUGGUAAACAAAAUGGAUUGCCUCCGAGACGGGUUCUUGAAGAAGCUGUUCGAUCGAGUCGCCCCACCGCAUCUCCGGCAAUGGCCUAACAUGAUCUUCGUCGAUUGUUGUUCCCUUCCCCUGCUAACCCACCCUUCAGAGACCCUGGUGCUCGGCUGGCAUACAAACUAGUGUCUCCUACUACGUAUGCUUGCAGACAUGCUCUUAGUGUCACUUGGUCCAAAGACCAGGAUAUCGACUAUGAAGAAGCUAUACCUGGAGUGUCUUUUGACAUAGAAGGACUGCGGGUCAAUUUCGUUGCAGCAACCAUCGCAACUGUGUCUGUGGAGCAGAGCGAGGGCUUCAUAUCAACUGCAGCUCUUUUCUCCAUAUUCUCAGCGUCUGCAAAGGAA